AUGAGCUUACGCUCUCAUGAACAAUUAGUGGCGUCCGUCGGACUGCUUUUCCUGAUUACAGUUUGCAUAACGGCAUUCUUCUUUCUGCCUUCAUCCGGAGCCGACGAUUAUCUCUAUCAUCAGGCGAAGCAUGCCAUCCCGAUUAGAGAUGCAGAUGUCAGGUAACUUCAACUUUUUUUUUUUACAAAUAAUUUAUAUAAACUGACUGUUUUUGAAGGGAAGAAAUCCGAAGAAGAGAACAAGUUGAGCUGAAGCGAAAGGUUGAAGAAGCUAAUAUAAAUCCACCGCCAAUUCCGAAGCCAGAAAUCGGGGCCGGUGAUGACACUCACUCUAGGCAAAUUUUCGUCAAACAGGUUUUUUGUUCUUUCUGCUUGAGCAUCAGAAAUUUUUCUGCAGAUGAUCAAGUUUGCUUGGGACGGUUAUAAGAACUAUGCGUGGGGAGAAAAUGAGCUUCGUCCAAUCACAAAACGAGGUAAGAUUGAUGAAAAAUGAAAAGAAAGCGCUUGACUUAUGAGUUUUAUAGUGAUCCCUAUAGGGGCUAGGGGGAAAAAGCACCUGAAGGGGCCAAAAAAGUGAUCCCUAUAGGUUUAAAAUCAAGGUGGUCCCUAUAAGGGUUUAGGAUUUGACCACUUAGCUGCUAAAGCUCAAGUGGUCUCUACAGGGGCAUUUUAAUAUCAUUCAAAAAACGUUUAUUUAUUCAAUUUUUCGCAUGGAGAUGCUUCUUCGCUUUGAGUUCAUAACAAUUAUCGACUAGCAUGCUCCCUAUAGGGUCCACUAACUGAAACCCCUAUAGGGACUACUUUUGGAAGCUGUAGUGGCUUCUAGAGGGACCCUAAGGUUCCCUCUAAAGUUACUAAGAAACUUGUAUUGAAGGACAUUCGGCCUCAAUAUUUGGUUACGGUAAGACGGGUGCCACAAUUGUGGACGCCCUGGACACGUUGUACAUCGCCGGACUCAAGGAAGAAUAUCAGGACGCUCGGAAAUGGAUCGACGAGUCUUUGGACUUCAAGAAAGUCGCCGUGAGUUUUUCUAAUCUCCAACUCUAUUGAAAAAUGCUCAAAAACAAUAUAUUCCAGAAGGGAGAAGUUUCGGUUUUCGAGACGAACAUUCGUUUCGUGGGAGGUCUCCUGUCGGCCUACGCCUUGACCAAAGACAAAGUUAAACAAAUGUCAUUUCCUCCUUGAUAAUUAUGCUGUAGAUGUUCCUGAAAAAAGCUGAAGAAAUAGCGACGACCCUUCUGCCGGCGUUCAACACUCCCACUGGCAUCCCUCUCGCUCUGGUCGACGUAGAGAGCGGUGAGUUCUUCGGUAGAAUCGCCUGGAGAGAGCUUUUGGAUCAAUCGAAUAAAGCAGGGUUGCACCAGACUCCAUUUCGAAAAAUUCCGAGAUAGGAACAGUACAUAAUAGGAGUAGAGAGACCAAAGUUUGGGGUGAAAUUUGAUGGACCGGAUGCACCAACUUAAGAACUCCCGAAUGGUCCCUAUAGGUUUAACCUCAGGCUAUAGGGGUUUUAGUUAGUGGUCCCUAUAGGGGAUAUGCUAGUCGAUAAUUUUAUGAACCCUAUGAAGCAUUUUCAUGCGGAAAACUAAGCAUUUUUUAAAAUUGAAAGACCCCUAUAGGGAUAACUAAAGCUUUAGGGGCUAAGGGGUUAUACCCUUAACCCCUAUAGGGAUUGUUUACGGCCCCUAUAGGGGUUGUUUUCCCCCGAACCCCUAUAGGAACCACUCUACAACUUUUAAGAAGAGCAAAUUUAUUCGAGCUUUGACGGAUAAAAUGACAAAAAUGGUUGAAAACGCUCGAAAAACAAUGUUUUUAAUAACAAAUACGAAAUUUGAAGUUUCACUUCUUUGUUAAUUGUUUUUAUUACUGUUAACUUUGGAAUUUUCAUCGUUUUCUGCAUCUUUUGUAUCUACUCAACAAUGGUACGAAAAAAUUUUGCUUUUUCGAUCGCUUUUAAGUUUUUUUUCUUUUAUAUGGGGUUAGUUAUUUCGCUUCUCGGUCUUACCCCGAGUUUUCUCGAAAAUUUUCGUCUUUAUACAUGUGCAGACCAUUUUAAGGCCCGCCGACGUCUCCUCCCAAGUUUUCCUAAAUUAAGAAUAAUACUAACGUCCCUAAGGCUGAAAAUUGUAUCAUUGUAGCCGAAAAGACCGCACAGAGGUUGAAAUUUGAUUUAUUUCCAAAUUUCCAAAAUUUUUGUAAGCCAACCCUUCCUCGGCUAAGUUCUUUACUUGCUCAUCUAUUCUCGUUUCGAAAUUUUGUUGGAAAAUUCUUGUCUCAAAAUAUCACUUCUCCUGCAAUCCUGGUUCGAAGUUUAGGCAACGCCAAGAACUACGCAUGGGCUGCUGGAGGCUGCUCGAUUCUCUCCGAAUUCGGCUCUUUGCAACUGGAAUUCGACUAUCUGUCCAACUUAACUGGCAAUACCGUCUUUGCGGAGAAGGUUGCAAAGGAAAAGUUAUAUUUUUAUUCGAAAGUUUUCAAGGCGACGAAAGUGCGCAAAGUGUUGACGAGUCUGGAAAAGCCCGACGGUCUCUACCCGAUAUAUCUCAAUCCGAAAUCCGGCAAGUGGGGACAACGUGAGAAUUCAAGUCGCAAUUGAUUCUAUCCGUUUUUCAAGGCGAUUUCUCAUUGGGCGCCAUGGCCGACAGUUUCUACGAGUACCUCUUGAAGCAAUGGAUUUCUACUGGUAAAAAGGUUCUUUUUUAACUUUCUCAGAUUUUUUCUAAAGUUUUCCAUACAGUAACACCUGUUUGAGAAUAUCAUUCAUUCGGGAUAAUUUUUGCUCGAGUAAAGUAGAAAGAUGGCUUGUAGUUUGCUCGCUGGGGAACAAUUUUUACCCCCCCCCCCCCAUUUCAAGCUUUCAAAGCGUCUUAGUCAUACGUGGGAUGAUCCCUCCCCCACCCUCACUUAAUGCCAAGCACCCCGCACCUCCAUGCUCGAAGAAAAAAAAUUUUUUUAGUUUAGUUCGAUGGUGCUGAAACCGAAAAUGAAAAGCCUUUUUUUGUCCGAUCACUUUUAACCUAGAAAAAAUAGCUAUGCCAGUCAAUUAAACUUAACAAAAAUCAAUUAUUCAUAAUAUUUUGCCAAUCCCCCUUUUUUUUCGUUUUUUUGCCGAGUCCCUCCCCUUUCUCCGGUCCUACCGAGACUAUCCCAUGUAUGGUCUUAUUGAACGUUUCCUAGUCAGAAGUUCUUUCUUGCUUAUUUUUUUUUUGUCUUAUUUUGGGUUAUUGAAUACUCCUACGUCUCUUGGAAGGAAUACUCGUGCAAAAAAUAAUAUUUCUUAUAUUCUAAACCAGAAAGAAGAACAAUUUUUUCUCCAUAGCAAUGAGAAUUUUAAAUGAAUCGUGAGGUGAUUGAAAUUCAUAUUAUUUGAGGACAACUCGACUAAAAGAGAAUAUGACGAGGCGAUCGCCGCGAUGGAACGCAAAAUGCUGUUCGUUUCGCCAGAGAACAAGCUAACGUAUAUUUCGAAUCCGACGUUUUCAUGAAAAAAAACCGCCUCCAGAUAUUUCGCGAAUCUCCGAGGUAACCGCGUCGAACACAAAAUGGAACAUUUGGCUUGUUUCGCCGGUGGAAUGUUCGCCCUACAGUCGAUAAACGAGGUCGACGAAACGGCAAAAGUUCUUUUUUUCACGGAGUUCUCAGUCGUCAUCAAUCCUUUCAGAGCCAUUACUUGGAUUUGGGAGAACGUCUCGCGGAAACUUGCCACGAAUCCUACGCCAGAGCCAGUAAUCCCACCUUCAUCCAUUUUUUGUCCUAUCGGACCGAUUUCAGCGACGGGAAUCGGCCCUGAAGCGUUCCGGUUCAACAGCGGCAGCGAGGCGAAAACCGACGCGAAACCAGAAAGAUAUUACAUUUUGAGGCCUGAGGUUGUAGAAGAACUUCUUCUCCAAAAACAACUGGUUACAGGUCGUCGAGACGUGGUUUUAUUUGUGGCGCAUCACCAAGAAGGAGAAAUACCGCGACUGGGCGUGGGAUCAUGUGCAGAAUCUGGAAAAGUAUUGCAAGGUAGGUUUCUUCAAAUCAUUAUUUUCAUGUCGGAAAACGUGGAAAAAAGCUCCAUAGGAAUGUUUCCUUUAGGGUGAGAAAGGUUCCUUUUCUGCUGCCUUUUUACGCCAUUGCAUCGGCUAUUAUGCACCAUUUUUGCAGCCUCUCUCUUUUCCCACCAAUUUUUGAGCCUUUGAAAUUCUAGAAAAGUUGAAUGCAUGAUAAAGGGAGCCUUUCUGCGGCCGUUUUACUGCCAUUUUGCGGCCUUUUUUGAGUUUCCAUCUUUUAGCGGUCAUUGUCCACCAUUCCGACUUUGCCCGAGAACCAAUAUCCAAAUGAUAUAGUGAUAAAUUUUGAUUAUUGCUAGUUUGGUAAGAAAUAGACAAAAUUUCAAAAUUUCCUUUUUUUUUACAUUUUCAGCCAUACGAAUGAAGAUUUUGCUCGGUUCUGUGAACUCAAUAUACUCCGAAUUUGAAUAGGAUUGAGAAAAUUACUAAAUCUCUAAUUUAAAAAAAACUCUGUUGUUAAGAAAAAACAAUUAUUCAACGUGUAAGAAGAAAUCGAAAUCGAAUAGUAUUUUUUUGGUAUGUCAACCGAUGCAAUAGAAAAAAAUUCUCAAGUAACCGGUUCAAUUUUUUUAAAGAAUAGUUUUUUUGUACCUUUGUACCGUUUGAGCCGGCGCCCCAAGUUGAAUAACCUGGAUUUUUGAAGUCGUGGAUUCCUACUACCCACACUUCUUAAACCCCAUGGUUUGGUUGCUCCUAUAGGGUACCUAUAGCGGCUAUGUUUCCCUUAAACCAUAUAGAGACCACUCUACAAAAUCCUAAGCUAUCAACAUUUCUUAAACCUCUUUGGGUCGCGACGGGGAUCGAACUUGUGACCCUGUGGACCGUAGUCAGGCACACAACCUAUUGCGCCAUGAAAAAAAGACUUGAUAGGGGAAAAAAAAACGAUUAAGGUGGGCGUGGGUUACUCGGGGAUCAAGGACGUUUACGAGUCGACGGUGCAGCACGACGACGUCCAGCAGUCUUUCCUGUUCGCCGAACUCUUCAAGUACCUCUACUUGAUCUUCUCCGAAGAUUCCGUCCUGCCGCUCGACCAGUGGGUCUUCAACACGGAAGCUCAUCCUUUCCUAAUUAGGAACGACUAG